ACAAAAAUCACAACUAGACAACAGCAAAAACCUUUUCAACCAAAAGAUCCACAUGCCCUCGUUGAUAGAAACUCUUCACCAGGGCUAUCUUAAUGACGAUCUCUACAGUCAAGCCCAAGAGAUCUUGGUUCAACAAGCUGGCCCGAAGCCAGAACCGGAAACGCUGCAAGAAGCCCUCCAAAUAGCGUCCAGCAAGGGCCGCUUCGACGUCGUUGAACUGAUCGCUUCCUGUUACACGGACAUUGAUGAUCCGUUGGAAUCGGUACUUGGUUGGACGAAAUUGUUCCAGCUUGUAAUUUAUGGUACUACGGAAGAGCUGGAAGUAGCGCUACAAGCAGCAAAAGAAAACCAAGACAUUCUGGAGCAGACGGACACCUGCCACCGAACUCCCUUUCUGUGCUCUAUUUUGGUGGGAGAUAGGGACAAAGCCCAACGAUUGCUCCAAGCUGGUUCCAAUCCAUUGGCGUGUGGGCAGGAGGGAGAGCCACCUGUAUUUUACGCAAUUUGCCAUGACAACGUGGACAUGCUCAACUUUCUGAUCUCCAAAUGGAAUGGCGACAACCAGGACGGCGGCGGCACGUCCAUUGUGGAACAGACAGAUCGACUUGACAACACGCCCUUGAUGCACGCUGUUCGAAAAAGAGCCGUCCAGUGUGUCAAUGCAUUGCUGCGAGAACACAAGGUCAAUGUCUCGGGAGACAACAACCCCCUUCCAUCUCUGGUGGAUGACAACCUUAAUAGCAAUUGCUCUACUACACCAGUCAUCAGCAACACUACAACCAGGGAGAUCCUAUUUGCUCUGGUUCAAGCUGGGGCGCGAAUGGAGGAGAUGGAUUCUGAAGAUCGAGCCAAACUGAGGGGAUACGCCAACACCUGGGGAAAGUGGGAUGAGUUGCUACCCACGGUUUCGGCUGAUGAUUUUGCAGACGGUUGUUGCGUACAGUUUGGGGAUGCCAAUCCUGAACGAGUAGAGGAUCCGUUUUGGAAAGUCAUGGUCCAGUGCGGUGCCAGUGCCUAUAGUGCAUUUGUCCAGUUUGAAUCAUCCGCCGCAGAGAGUUGCCGCCCCAUUUGGUCGUUUGAUCGAUUUGGCAAGUCAUGCACCUUGUUGCCUGAUGGACGAUUCGUCGAGAUUGCUGGAGAACAUGAAGAUUACUAUGACCCAGACUUCGCUAUUUAUAACGAUGUCGUUGUGCACGACGGAAAGGGCAACUGUGAAUUUUACUCCUACCCAGAAGAAGUCUUUCCGUGCACAGACUUUCACACAGCUACCCUUGUACCAUCAUUGGAAGAACAACUGUCACAAGAAGAGGAGGUUGCUGCUGUUGCUGGUGGAUCAAUGAUCUACAUCAUUGGAUGUGUUGGAUACCCGCAAGAUCGCAGACCUGGCUUCACACCUGUCUUUGGAUUGCAUGUCGACACAUGGAAGAUGGAACGCAUAGAGACUUCUGGGGACAUGCCUGGAUGGAUUGCGCGUCACAAGGCAGUAUACGACCCGCUUUCUUCCUCGAUCUCCAUCACGGGCGGUUGGAUAAUUGUGAACCCGGAAGAAGGAAGGGGCGUGGAGAACAAGGAUGAAUUCACCCUGAACCUGCAAACGAGGGCAUGGACAAGGAAGUCUGCCACACCUUGAACGAAAUCUGCGAUCGAUACAAGUAAUGUAUUUUAUAGCGAACAAUCUCUCCGAUGUACCUGUAUGCAUUGUGGAAGUCUGCUACCUGUAGUGGCUUACCGUGUCCUCAUACAUGGCCGUGGCUACCGGUAGUAGCUAGCCAGGAGGCUUUCUGGGUUUUUGGCAAGCGAGGAAGCAUUUGGGACGUCAUGGGAUUCAUACGGGUGCCGUGCCAAAAUCCUCGAAGUGGGCUCUCACCAGUCAAGUGCCGAAACCCCAAUUGAAAAUAUGCUUACUAAAACGCGCCAGUUGAGAAAAGAGAGGACAGAACAGCAUGAGGCGCCAUCACUGGUGACACCGUACCAAGCUCCAUUGAUUGCCUUCAUCGAAGCUUAUUGAACGCAAAGCGACAGUGAACCUUGAUAGAUACGACGAUACAGGUACCACUGAUCAGAUAUCAGAUGAUUGACGGGAGUCCUCCCAGCUAGCGUAUGGAAGAGGAAUGUCGAUCGAAGAUGUUUAGAAGGAAAUAUUAGGCAACACUGAUACGAAGCUACCGGUAGCGGUAGGACGAAAAUGGAAAGCCAAAUGAAAUUGAAAUUUAGAAAUGCAUGAUUGUAUAUUCUAGCUAGUGCCAUCUCCA